CGUCAAACUUGAUGAACAACAAGUUUGAUAUUAGUAAACAAGAAGUACCUCACUAACCGUGUCUUCUUAUAAAACAAUUGAACAAAACAAUUUACAUGAUAGUCCGCAUUGUGCAGUCUCUCCUGGAAAAGUGCUUCCUUAACACACAUUGGUUAUGAUUUCUGUGAUACAGAGCUCAGUGAUGGUAAUUAUUGUCAAUUUAACUCCAUCGAAGCGCUCUCUUCGGUAUUUUAUUCCUGUAUCUCCCAGUGGUUUACAGAUUAAAGAGUGAUAAUAACAAACAAUCUGUCAAUAUUCAAUUUAGUUAAAAUCCAGUCACACGACAAGUGGUUUAUUUAAGCUACAAGGUGUAUUUAAAUGGUUGGUCGUGUAAUAGCAGAGUUCUAUGUUAAACCAUUCCGAAUGGAAGACGGACCUGUACUUUAAGUCUGGUAGCGAUGUGCAGUGGUCAGAAUUCCUAGUGGACCAAUGUGUAAUUUACAAUCAUUGAUUGAUCACCUGGAAGUCAGCGGGAUAACACCACUUACUGCCCUCUCCAAGCGUUAGAACGGAAUACACCGCAAAUAUUGGUUCUACGUGCAUCACCAGCUGAUUCCUAUUGAUAAGGUAUUAUUUUCUUGGAGACUCAAUAUCAACUUACUAGGCUCUUAAUUAACAGAAUGACAUUUACGUGCAUAAUCAUAUGCAAUAAUAUCUUAUUACCUGGGCCUAUUAAGAAGAUUUCCCUUACCUGUAAACACAGAUGAUGUUAACCAGCUCAGAUUGAGGUAUGACUUGUAAUUCUACUAUGGAAUCUGUGCAUGAUUACCAGCUUCAGCAAAACAUACUGAUCACAGUCCUGUUUCUGGCUUUGUUCACGGGAUGGAGGGCCUUCUACGAAAGGAUCAAACGCACCCUUUGUCAUGUGACGGUUGUCGUUAUAGGUGGGGGCCCCGUGGGACUAUUGUCUGCUUUCCUGGCAUUAAAAUCCGGUCGUGCUUCAAAAAUUGUCAUCUUCGAAGAAAAGGACAGGAAAACUUUAUUGAAUGGUCCAUACCAGUUGACAUUUGAUAUCCAAAGUGUAGAAUAUCUUAAGAGGUGUGGAAUUGAUUUUGAUAACAUUGAAGGUUGUUGCCAUGAUAACUGUUUUACAACAAAAGUAGGUGUAUUUCUGGAGUACAUACUUGACCACCUCUCAUCGGCCAGGGUCAGUGUGCGCUUUUCUUGUAAGUUUGACAAAGAAACUUGUAAAGAGUUGGAUGAAAUACAGGGGCGACUACUUGUGAUAGCCUGUGAUGGCAGAAACGGUCAAGCCUCCAGAUUGCUGGGACUGGAUGAAUUUUCAGAACAACAUUCAUGUAACGCCUACGGCGCGAUUGCAGCCAUAGAACGCACAGAGGCGAGGGAUGUUCCUACUCCAGAAAAAAGAGUCCACAAUUUAACAUUUGAUUUAUCAGCUUAUGGCGCAUAUCAUUCUGAAAAUGACAAUUCUCCGGGAUUUAGUCUAAAAGUGUUCGGAAACAGCAAACAUCGAUAUAUAUCACUAGCCAUCUCCAAAUGUGAAUCGCCAGUAGUAAAAGCUCUCAGGACGAUUCUCGAUAGAUCGAUGAUGCGCAACAUUUUCCUCAAAUGUUUCAAUCUGUAUAAGAUGGGAUAUGAGCAGUCAUUAAGUGAAUCCUACGCCCUGAACCAUAUGAAGUUUAGUCCCCGCUUAUUUGAGAUAAAACUUUCCCAAAGAUGUGAAACAGUGGCCUACUUCCACGAUUGUGAUACGUUUGUACUGGCGGAGGGAGAGGCGGCCUUAUCAUUUAACUUUCAUACAGGACUUGACAUAAACCCAGCUAUACGAGGUUUGAUGUCCCUUUCAAAGUUCAUAGAAAUGAUCUCAUUAGCCGAAACCGAACAUUCCAUAUCGAACGCUCUCCUAUUUAAAAUGAGGCAUAAUGAAUUUGUCAGCAAGGAUCUUAUACGCAAUGGACUGCGAGAAUACAUGUUCUCCUGAUUAAUUUUUAUCCUUGGGAAAAGUACUCAACAAUUUUCCCGAAUCUAUUUUUCGAAACUGCCGAUUGACAGAGUUAGUGCCUGCAUGUUGAUGACAAAAAGUUCGGAGCAGAAAACAUAUCUUAGUGCGGAUCGAGGAGCCCAGAAAAUCACACAUUCCUGACAGUUGAAAUCAGCGUUAGAUUAUUGAACAAGUGUUGAAAACAACGUUUAGUCAGUUAGUCAGUUAUCAGUGUUCUUGUACUUUUGUCUAUUUUUGUUAUUUAUUGAGGUCUUUAAAUAAAAUUAAAAUUGUAUUUCUUUAAAUGGUUCGCAUAUCAUAAUAAAUUUUGAUUUAAAAA